AUGGCAAUAAGAAUGAGAGAUAAAUUGUGGUCCAUUAAUGGCGAAAGGAGCCCAAUUAAGGUGGCUGCACCACGAAAGGAGCCAAGUCGUAAUAAGAAAUUAGAACUAACGAAUCAACAAAAAGAAAAACAUGGAUGGAGGAUCCAACCACCCCUUGACUUGACGCAGCUUUCGGAAGUGCUAGCCAUGGAGAGGGAUGAAGGCAGCGUCAUUGUCAUUGGACAGGCAGAGAUUGAUACGAGAGCACCCUUCAGGUCUGUUAAGGAGGCAGUCAUGUUAUUUGGAGAAAAAGUUCUGGUUGGAGAAAUUUAUGCCAACAAGCUCAAAGAGGUGAAAGCUCAAGCAGGAGAAAGUGGGCAGGGUCAGUCCAAGAUUACAACCCUAACAGCGGAGCUAGAAGAAACAAAGCAGAGCCUGCAAAAAGCCAAAGAGGAAGGUAACUUGAUGUCAUAUCGCAUAAAAACACUGAUAGAAGAGCUUGAACAAACAAAAAAAGAGCUGCAACAGCUCAAGGCAAGAGAGUUCCAGAAGCAGCGGUUUGAGCCUGAUGUAGAAAACUUCAAGUUCAUUGAAAAUGCAACCAAAAUAGGUAUCAUGACACAAAAUGAAGAGCCAGAGGCGUUCCAAAAGAAGAGAUAUGUUAAAUUUGCUAGCCCUCCUUCAUUAGCUCAAGUUAUUGUCAAUAGAAAGGAAAUGCUGGAAAGACCAGCAUCUGUUAAGAAAGUUAGAAGGAAGUCAGUAAUCCCCAUAAUUGGAUGGCUGUUUUCCAAGAAGGGAUGUCAAGACGAUGAUCAGCCCCUAAAAGCAAAUGGGCAUUAAUUUUGUUGGAGUUGACACCAAAAUGAUUGGAGCUUGUGGAAUAAUCAUAGAUCA